AUGUUCAACAACCUCAUGCCUAAACGCUUAACCUUCUUCUGGGCUUUCUUCGCCGGCACUAUCACCUUCGGUGAGAGCACUACUAAUCGCACACUUCUGAGGGUAUUCCAUCGUGGAGUCCCACUCGACAUUCGUCAUAUACCAAAAAUGAUGACACAGACUCUCGCGGCCUCUGAUGGAAUGAUGGAAUCUCUCAGUCAAGAUGACCAUGAUUGUGAACGAUGCUUCGCGCAAGAUGAUAUGGUCUAUGACUUGAAGGCGAUAGGCAUACAAAUUGUGGACUCCAAAUGCCCGGUUGGUCACAAACAAAUUUUGAACUACUUGAGGAAAGCUAAGAAUAUGCUGAGCAUCGACUUCGAUUGCGAGCCCGACUCGAGGGUCACACUGCAUCCGACCCUCGCGGCGGACAUGGCAACUUGCACUGGUGGCAAUUCUGUUCUCGGCACAAACGACCCCGGCUCAUCCUGUCAGCCUAACCUCGAGCUUAUCCAUUUAGGGGCUGCCUGGGAAGCGGCUCGCUCAGCCGGACGGAAGCUGAAGGAUGUCGUGUUGGCCAUCAGCGACACUGGUGUUGACAUGACUCAUCCUGACCUGGUUAAUCAAUUCUGGAGGAACCCAGCUGACAACUCCAUCGGUUACAACUUCAUAACCAACAGUAUUGAUGUGACUGAUAGACACAGCCACGGUACUCACUGUGCUGGCAACGCUGCCGCUCAGACUAAUAAUAACAUUGGCAUCGCAGGAGUGGCAAAUAUCGAUGGCUCAGUACCUAGU